AUGUUCAAAGUGAAAAAGGUGGGAGUGGAGUUUUUGGGAAUUGAAGAAAGAGAAUUACAAUCAUCCUCCUCCUCCUCCUCGUCUUCUCUUAUUUUCUUCCCCAAAUUGAAAUGCCUCAUGUUCGGUAUGAUGCGUGAGUGGGAAGAAUGGGAAGGAGUUCCUCCCCAGAAUAAUAUUACCAUAAUGCCCUCCCUAUCUCGCUUGGCAUUUCACUUUUGCUCGAAACUUGGUACGCUGCCCGACUUCCUGCGCAAGACACCACUACUAAAGACAGUGAUCGUCUGGGAUUCUCGAAUUCUGGGUGAUAAAGUCCGGGACAAAACAAGUGAGGAGUGGGCCAAGAUUUCUCACGUCCCAGACAUCCAAAUGAAGGAAUUAUGA